GCCUUCUGUCUCGUCCCACUCACACUCUGUCAGAGCGCCGCGUUGACAGCCACUGGCCACUGAUCAGCCCACUUUGUCGGGGUUUGUGUCUCCAUGCAAGACUGCUGAAAAAGAAGCUCUGACUCUCGCAUUUUCUUUUAUUCGCAAAGGCAAGCAUACGCGACCAAACAACAAGUCCGUCCACGGCAACGAAAGCACGAGGUGUAAAAAAAAAAGAAAAAAAAAAGCCUUUAAGUCAUUUUCUAGACUCAUCACUGUCUCACAGCUCCCUGCACAAUGUCUGGAGAGGACGCACCUGCCGAGCAGCAAAACGCCGUGGACCAGAAGCAGGAGACCAAAGCCGCCGAGGAACCCAAAGCCGAGCCGCCCAAGACGGAGCCCGCACCCGCCGCCGCCGAGGCGACGGCUACCCCCGCGGCGGCCACCGAGAAGGUCCCCGAGGAGGACACGUUCACCUAUCGUGCUCUGGUGCUCACCGGCUACGGGGGGUAUGAUAAAGUCAAGCUGCAGGUGAAGAAGGGCAAGCCGGCGCUCAAGGCUGGCGAAGUCCUGGUUCGGGUCAAGGCUUGCGGGCUCAACUUCGCAGACCUGAUGGCUCGGCAGGGGCUUUACGACCGGCUGCCGUCCCCGCCGGUCACCCCGGGAAUGGAGUGCUCUGGGGUGGUGGAGGCUGUGGGGGAAGAAGUGACGGACCGAAAAGUUGGCGAUAAGGUGAUGGUGUUGAACCGCUUUGGACUGUGGCAGGAGGUGGCAGUGGUGCCGUCAACCCACACCUUCCUCAUCCCAGAGGGCAUGAGUUUUGAGGAGGCAGCGGCCCUCCCUGUGAACUACAUCACUGCCUAUAUGAUGCUGUUUGACUUUGGCAACCUGCGACCCAACCAGAGCGUCCUCAUCCACGCUGCUGCAGGUGGUGUGGGUAUUGCAGCCACUCAGCUGUGCAAGACAGUGAAGGAUGUGACUGUGUUCGGCACAGCAUCCGCCAGCAAGCACGAGACCAUCAGCGAGGGAGGAGUCACGCAUCCCAUUGACUAUCGCACCAAGGACUAUGUGGAGGAAGUCCGCAAGAUCAGUCCGAAAGGGAUGGACAUAAUACUGGACCCUCUCGGAGGAUCAGACACCCAUAAGGCCUACAACCUGCUGAAGCCUAUGGGGAAACUUAUCACGUAUGGUACAUCCAACAUGCUCGCCGGCCAGAAGAAGAACCUGCUCGCCGUGGCCAAGAACUGGUACCAUCAGUUCUCCAUCCACACGCUCAGCCUGAUCCAGGGGAACAAGUCGGUGUGCGGCUUCCAUCUGGGCUACCUGGACGGGGAGAUGGAGCUCAUCACCCAGGCCAUGAACACCAUCCUGGAUCUCUACAAGGAAGGCAAGGUCAAGCCCCGCAUCGACUCCACUUGGCAUCUUGAGCAGGUGGGCGAUGCCAUGAGAAAGAUGCAGGAGAGGAACAACAUCGGCAAAGUGAUCCUCAACACAGAGCCAAUGCCCGAGGAAGAGAAGAAGGAGGAGCCCAAGAAGGAGGACAAGAAGAAGGAGGACAAGAAGAAGGAUGACAAGAAGAAGGACGAUGGCAAGAAGGAGGAGAAGAAGGACGACAAGAAGAAAGAGGAGCCCAAGAAGGAGGAGGAGAAGAAGGAAGAGCCCAACAAGGAGGAGAAGUGAGAGGGAGGGACGGAUAGUCAAGCAGAGCAGCAGGGAGUUUGUGUCCUGGGAGCAAGGGGGGGAGGGGGGGAGGGGGGAUGAAGAAGGAGAUGGAUGGGGUGGGAAGGUGGGGUGGAAUGUAAGAAAGGAUUGGAAGGAGUUAGAAGGGUAGAUUACAAAAUGAUCACACCAGUGUCAGUCGUUCAUCUCGUCCACCUCCCCUCCGCCUCACCCUCUCGACUCCACAAUGGCAGUGAUUACUCAGGCCUGGCUCCACCCACCCCCUUCCCAUCCUGUAUUCUUGCAUUUAUCUAUUAAAAAAAAAGAAGAAAAAAAUGUCCAAUCACUUGUAACACCUUGUAAGCACCGCAACCUAUCUCUCUGCCUCACAAGAUUGAGAAGGCAGCCGCAACAUCCGAAAGAUGACGAGAGACAAGAGCCGUGGAGGAUUGUGGGUAUGGUCCAGGCCUGGGGCAAAUUACUGUUUCCUUGACAACCGUAAUCCCUGCUCGCGCUCCGGCCCCACCCUCGACCCCCAUGCCCCUCCACACCUCAACUCCCACUGUGCUAAAUUGUUCUGCUCUGACUUCCACCUGCCACCUCCUCUUCCCCCCUCACUGUGCUGAGUCUCUCUUCGCCCCCCAACCCCCAAGUCCCACACCACCACCACCGCCCCCAACCUAUCCACAGGCCGGACCCACAGACAGGCACAAAGGCAGGCAGAUAAACGGAGAACCGCACCCACCCACACGUUGCUCUUCUAGUGUCCAACGCUUAGUUAUGUCACUGAGGAUGAGUCAGAGAUGCCUGUGAUUGGCUGAUGCACCCCUGGAGAUAUUUGCAUCGUGGUUUUGAUCAUGAUGUUUGAUUGCUCAGACAAUGGUGUUAGUGCUAGAAGGCCUAACCUUGGUUAUCAUAUAUAUAUAUAUAUAUAUAUAUAUAUAUAUAUAUAUAUAUAUAUAUAUAUAUGGCCUUAGCUUCGAUAUUUCUUGUAGAAUUCAGUGUAGAAUGAGACUGCUCCAUAAUGCAUGCGUUCCAAUCCAAUUUCAGUGAAGUUAAUGUAGUGACUACAGUUUUGCACUUGCCUGAAUAUGAAUUGUCCUCAUAAUGAGCCUUUCUGUGCAGUGUUGAAUAGGGGGGCAGAAAUCAUUGCUCAGCUUCCUUCUCCUUAGUUACAGAUUUUUCUAGCUGACCAACUGUUGGCAAGAAGUUCGCAGUGCCAAUUAAGAGAGAAUUUGUUUCUGUUAAACAAGCCACAAAUACACACACAUACACACUCUGAAUGAGAUGAAAGAGGCACUGUCAUGCUGAGACAGUGAAGCGUCUGAAAUGAGCCAGUUAAGAAGGUGACUAUCAGUCCUUUUUCCUUCAGGAUCAGGCUUUCUUCCUCCCUGAUCCCCCUCCAGGCAUUCCAUGGCAUUCUGCUGCUUUCACAGCAGCCGCUCGCCUGUCGAUCACCCUGACCUGUGAGAGGAGAAUUCAAUUUAAGUUGGCGUCCAUACCUCGCCCCCGCUUGUCUCUACUCUACACUCUCUCUCCCUCCUCUUUCCAUUUCCCUUUCUAUGGUCGGCAUAGCAACAGGCGUCAGGCUCGUCAGAGGAGGCACUGUGGUCUGUUACUCUGACUCCCUCUUCCUGUGUCUCUCUUUUCUGCCUCCCUAACUCUAUAUUUGCCAACAGUCGGUGCUGUCGACCAGUAUUCCAACAGGUGUAAAAUGUAUUAAGGAUUUCAGAUGAUAAAGAUGAAGAGGUGGAGCAGUUCUCUAGGUUGUUAGUAUUGCACUACCAACCAGUGAAAUUUAAACCGAGUAUUGACAAUGUGUGCAAUUAGCAGUGUGCUGGCAAAAACAGCGCACCGCUCCCCCUAAUGGCCAGUAUGAAUUUUGUCUCACUGGUGUAAUGUCAUUGGAGUAAAUCCUUAGCAUUUUAGCAUAAAUCCCACUGGGUGGACUCUAAAUAUUUCAUGUAGGAGGAUAUCAACUUUGAAACUUUGAUCUACCUGGCUGCCUGCCUGCCUGCCUGUCUGUCUGUCUGUGAGCCUGGCCUCAGCGUUGAGACUCAGGUGGUGACUAGUGACUUUGUAAAAAACACAAAACAAAAUGUUUGGAGAAAAAAAAAAAAAAAAAAAGUUGUUGUGUUAGCAUGAGUGGCCUCCCUCAUGUGCUGUGUGUGGUGUGCCAUUGUGUGUGAAGAUGUGUGUGUGUCCUCAGGUCAUUUGUCAGGUUUUAAAAGCACCCACCCUACCCAUGCCACAUUUCCCCCUCACACUACUCUGCUACAGUAUUAUGUAGCUACAACCCUCCCCUCUUACUCUAUCUCUCCCUCCUGUCUGAUAAGAGGCCUGUGUUAUGAGGACAGUUGGUAUUAGUAUUUUUGCACUCUGCUCGCUGAUCUUAUUGCACUUACAGGCAUGGCAGUCGCACUCUAGUCCCACGCAGGCUUUGAUUCUGCUCCAGGUUUGCAGUCUGUUUCCCAUCAUCCAUUCCCAGUGUAUCUGCUGAAGCUCACUGAAAGCACAGGUGGCACACACACACACACACACACACACACACACACACACACACACACACACACACACACACACACACACACACACACACACACGCACACACACGCAGGCACGUACACACACACACACACACACACUCCCUCAUGUAAAGGUCCCCUCAUUUUCAGCUUGCCAGUCCCUGCCCAGGCCAACUUCUCCUGGGUGGCAGCUAAAAUCAAAGCAUUCAUCCAUCCUUGACUGUGUGAAGUAAAAUGUGGAGCAGGGCGGAGUGAACUGGGCUGGAGUACGACCGCUACGCUGGUGUGGGGAGUGACUGUGUCCUGUCAGCCUCUGGUUAGUGUUCUGUUCUAAUCUGCUGGGCUCCCUUUGUGAACCUGUGGACGGUGCUUCUGUUCCGAGUGCCAUGUGAGACACAAGCGCUUCAGUAAAAACAAAAAAAGAGGAUGUUUUACUUAAUGUUAUUUUAAUUUACCUUUAUAUUUCCGUUUGUUUGUCUGUUUUGUUAUCCAAGGGUUUAAAGUUCAAAGUUCAUACUUUUUUUGUGGGGACCUGCCAACCUGCACUCCUUUUUAAAUGUGAUGAAGUCUUUCUGUUGGUCUGAACCAUGUGUGCCAAAUUGUAUGUAUAUUCCUCUGUCAAUGCUUUGAAUAUUAACAGUGCAUAAAAAAUAUGAAGACAGUUCUGUUUUUGGAUGCAUUUCCAUCAAUCUUGAAGAAUAGUGAAAAUAUAAGAGUUUUCAUAGUGUGUCAGAUUUGUAUCCCAAAAUGCUUAUGGGUGCUGACAGAAAUUUUGCUGCAGUUUACAAAAGGUUUAACACAAUUUUUUGAUUGGUUUCAGUCUUGCUCAAGUGUAGGCCUGCACUGUGCCUCUCUCCUUGCACACAGCUUACCUCAAUCCGAGGCACCUCCCUCCAUAUUCAUACCCUUCUCGCUGUGUUUUACCAGCUUUCACAUCAUGUCGACCACAACAGGUUGAAGUGUUUACAACCAUACUAUUAGUAUCACAGUGAAAAGGGACUGGACAUUGUGCAUUUAAGGUUCAAUACUCCACCAAAAGACAUAGAUUCACAGAAAUCUGCAAAUUUCCUCAAAAUCCAUAGCUCCACCGUAUUCCUCUCUAUGGAUUUCUAUUUCUUUCAGUUUAUUUCCAAAUGGCUUGUAUAGCAAGUGAGGGAGCAGAUGUUUUCACACAGCUGUGCAGGGAUGCCAAUACUGUAACACAGCUGCACAAAACCCCAGCUUAUUGGCUGAUCAUAGCUCAGCUCUGGCCUACCCCAGACACAACAUUUCCGCUUUACUGCUGAUCUCAGUUCACUCAAGGAUUAUUAGAGACGUUCCUCUUUUCCUGUGCUGCAUCUGCAGAGCCUCUUGGCCGGUGCAACUAGUGGCGGCCCAAAAUUCUGCUCCAUAUCGCCCCCCUUCUCUCUCCAUACGCAUUUAUAGCAAAUAAAACAUUAGUUUGACAUCUGGAAUUUGAAGUUGCAUGCAGUUAUUGGCAUGUGGAAAACCGAUUAUGAUCUCUUUCUUUCUUUCACAUUUUCCCCUUGGUUCUUUUGAGCUAAGAUGCCUUUGAGAUGAACUCAAUCAGUUGGGCGGUUGGCCUGCUGCCUGAGCACACUUCCACCAUGGUGAAGCUGCAGUGUAAUGUCAUCUUGAAAUGGUUUCCCAGUCAUUCCAGACACGUAUGCAAGAGUACUUAGCAACUCAGAGAUGCACAGGAGAAAAACAGUGUUUCAAAGUAAAAAUAAACAAAGCGGUAAUUUUCUGAGUAGUUUUAGAUUUGAUAUUACUAAUUAACACUUGUAGUUUUGGGUUUGAAAAAUGCACUAAGACAAUGAGUGUAGUAUUUCCAAUAGCUACUCUUCUGUCUGUCUUGGCUUGUAUAGCUGAAGUCUCUCACAGGCACCCACCGUUCAGCUUUGAGGUGAAUUUCUUUGUUUUAUAUGGUUUCUCAGGUCAUUCCAAACAGCAGUUUACUUCAUGUAAGAAGCCAACCUAAUUUUGCGUUUCCUAACACACACACACACACAACGUCCGUCUGUUUCACCGAGUUCACUGCACAAACCAUCUGUCACACCAUCCAUGUUCGAUGUAAGCUUUAGUAUUCCGAGUCAAAAGGUGAUGCUCUGUCAUUGGGUUAUUUCCAAAUUCAGAGCAACUGUGUUCACUCAUCCACACCGAGAACCCAAACAACAACCACAUCUGCCUGCAGCUAUUGUUUCCUUAGCAGUCAUUUUUUACAUCACAGCAACAUUGCAGAGAUGCUAUGGAAGUACAACCUGGCUGGGUUUGUCAUGUACAGUACUAGGAUGCAUGUGUAUUCGAGAGAACUAGAAAAUAAGGCAUGUGUUUGUGUACAGCUCACCGUCUCUUUCCACGAUAGUUUAGUCGUCGUGUAGUGGCGUGGUGUGAAGAAGGAGAAUGCCCUUCCAGUUGUAUCACGUUGCCAACUGAAGCCAAUCCACCGCUCCCUGACUCCCUGUCCUCACCCUCAGCAUGGGCACUGUCAUGGCCAGCUGGUUCAUUCAUGAUACACCUUAACCUAUCUCUGGGAAUGUUUCAGAAACUCACUUCACAUCCAUCCCCACUACACACCACCUGUUGGAAUUCAGUCACCACUGGCCAUUUUCUACAAGGCAUACCCAACAGGUUGAUUUCAAAGCUAGUUCUCCUCUUCUUUGUCCUUCCUUGUGUUGUUGUUGUUUUUUUUCCUGGUUGCAAACACUCUUCUCGGCUUUGUUUUUUAAACCCUUUGAAUUGAUGCUGCUUCUGUGCUUGACUCUGGGUUUACUGCGUGGUGCCAUGUUGUCCACAUGGCCUCUAGAGCUUGUAACGCUUCAGUGUGUAAUGUUACCAUAUGCCUUACAUGUUUUCCAGGACUAAUAAAAAAAGCAUAACAAAAA